AAGGAACCAUGGGUGUGCAGAAGGAAGACGUGGAGAAGUUCCUCAAUGGAAACCCCGAUUUUGCUAAAAAGUACUUUGCCAAGAAAAUGAACCCUUCGUCUCUGUCGAAGAUUUCAGGACUUCCGGAGAAACAGAUCGACUUUGACAAGUUUCAGGAGCUCAGUCAGGUUGAAGAGAGCCGGAUCAUGUACGAUCUGAUCAAAGACAUGCAGGAGAACAUCAACGUGGAGAAGGUGGUUUUCAAGAUCCUGAAGCGGAUCAGCGCGCUCAUCCAGGCCGACCGCUGCAGCCUGUUCAUGUACCGGCAGCGGAACGGCAUCGGGGAGCUGGCCACCAGGCUCUUCAACGUCAACACUGAGUCCGAGCUGGACGACUGCGUGGUCCCGCCGGACUCCGAGAUCGUCUACCCUCUGGACAUGGGGAUCGUCGGCCACGUGGCCCAGACCAAGAAGACCGUGAAUGUGAAGGACGUCACACAAAACCAGUACUUCAGUUCAUUCGUCGACGAUCUCACAGAGUACCAGACCAGGAGCGUUUUGGCUACGCCCAUCCUGAACGGCAAAGACAUGGUGGCAGUGAUCAUGGCUCUGAAUAAGACCACAGGACCGCAUUUCACUCCCGAGGAUGAAGAUCUUUUCUUGAAGUAUCUGAAAAUUGCUUCUUUGAACUUGAAGAUCUACCACCUGAGUUAUCUCCACAGCUGUGAGACACGUAAAGGACAGCUGCUGCUGUGGUCCGCCAACAAGGUGUUUGAAGAGCUGACAGACAUUGAGCGACAGUUUCACAAAGCCUUGUACACAGUCCGAGCCUACCUCAACUGUGACCGCUACUCCGUUGGUUUACUAGACAUGACGAAGGAGAAGGAGUUCUUCGACAUCUGGCCCGUGCUGAUGGGAGAACAGGCUCCGUACUCUGGCCCUGUGACUCCAGAUGGAAGGGAAGUAAUUUUCUACAAAGUGAUUGACUAUAUUUUACAUGGAAAAGAAGACAUCAAAGUCAUACCGAAUCCACCUGCAGAUCAUUGGGCCCUGAGCAGCGGCCUCCCUACAUAUGUGGCUGAGAGUGGCUUUAUUUGUAACAUCAUGAAUGCACCAGCUGAUGAGACGUUCCACUUUCAGACAGAGCCACUGGACAGCAGUGGGUGGACCAUAAAAAAUGUUCUCUCUCUGCCAAUCGUCAACAAAAAAGAAGAAAUUGUGGGUGUGGCCACAUUUUACAACAGGAAAGAUGGGAAGCCCUUCGAUGAUCAGGAUGAACAGCUCAUGGAGGCUUUGACCCAGUUCCUGGGAUGGUCGGCUCUGAACACAGACACCUAUGACAAGAUGAACAAGCUCGAGAAUCGAAAAGACAUCGCUCAGGACAUGGUGCUCUAUCACGUCAAAUGCCGCGAUGAUGAGAUUCAGAAUAUCCUGAAUACUCGUGACGUCUAUGGCUGUGAGCCCAGAGAGUGUGAAGAGGACGAGCUCUUAGACAUCUUGAAAAAAGACCUACCUCCGAUGAUCAAGAAGUUUGAGAUCUAUCAGUUCCACUUUUCGGAUUUCAACUGCACUGAGAUGGAGCUGGUUAAAUGCGGGAUCCAGAUGUACUAUGAAGUCGGAGUAGUUAGGAAAUUCCAAGUCCCUCAAGAGGUGCUGGUUCGGUUCAUGUACUCAGUCAGUAAAGGUUACAGGAGGAUCACCUACCACAACUGGCGUCACGGCUUCAACGUGGGACAAACCAUGUUCACACUACUAACGACGGGAAUGCUGAAGCGGUAUUACACAGAUUUGGAGGUGAUGGCCAUGAUAACGGCGGGUUUCCUUCACGAUAUCGACCACAGGGGGACAAACAACUUGUAUCAAGUCAAAUCCGGUAACCCUCUGGCCAAGUUGCACGGCUCCUCCAUCCUGGAGCGACACCAUCUAGAGUUUGGAAAGUUUCUCCUGGGUGAUGAGUCGCUGAAUAUCUACCAGAACCUGAACAGGCGGCAGGUGGACCACGUCAUUCAUCUCAUGGACAUCGCCAUCAUCGCCACCGACCUGGCUCUUUACUUUAAGAAGCGAACGAUGUUCCAGAAGAUUGUGGACCUUUCACACACUUACGAAGACGAGAAGAAAUGGGUUGAAUUCAUGUCUCUAGAAACGACCAGAAAAGAGAUCGUCAUGGCCAUGAUGAUGACCGCAUGUGACUUGUCUGCUAUCACAAAGCCUUGGGAAGUACAGAGCAAGGUCGCCUUGUCUGUGGCAGCGGAAUUCUGGGAACAGGGUGACCUGGAGAGGACAGUCCUGGAGCAACAGCCCAUCCCCAUGAUGGACAGGAAUAAAGCAGCCGAGCUCCCGAAACUGCAGUGCGGUUUCAUCGACUUCGUGUGCACGUUUGUCUACAAGGAGUUUUCCCGCUUCCACCCGCAAAUCCAGCCGAUGCUGGACGGCAUCCUGAACAACAGGAAGGAGUGGAAUGCUAAAAAAGAGGAGUAUGAGGCGACACUCAAAGCCAUUGAGGAUGAGAAGGCUGCCAAACAGGCAGCAGCAGCAGCGAAAGCUGAGGCCAGUUCCAGUGGUGGAUCGGGCUCCAAGACCUGCUCCGUCUGCUAAAAGACUGAGGGGUUACGCUCAUG